AGUGACUCUAUUGUUCCGUUCCCGCCGAAAUGCGUUGACAUUACAAUUCGGAAGUGCGAACAUUCUUUGUUCAAAAUUUGUUUUUUGCUUUUAAUUUGUGCUAGUGUUGUGACUUCGAACAUUGGAUGUGGAUUCACUGAAACAUCAAACAGCAUCAAACGCCGCACAGCCAUUAAACCGAUCCGAUCAUAAAAACAAACAUGACACACUAUUUCCGGACCUGAACAGAAAGGGACACACAUGAGCGAAGACACCGAGAAAGAAAGAGACAUGCAAACCGUCGCCUACAACACACCAAACGUUAUAGAGCAAGCCGACAGCAGACUCAUAGAAGCUCACAAUUUCUGCGAUGCAGAUUAUCUAGAUAGCGAAAGAAUUGAAGUAGAUGAUGAUAAAGAACUAGUUAUAGCUGAUGAAUCUCGGGAAGACCAAAUAGAUGAUAAUAAUCAGAACAUAGAUGUAGGAACAGAAGAGAAAGUACAAGAUUUCGAGCUAUCAUGGCAUCCGCACGUGUACGGCAAACCGCCAAAAAAGCCUACACCGCAUUCGAUAGAAUAUAUAUUAGGGUUAAACCAGAAGUCAACCGUGAGUCAAUUGAUGAGUGUGAAGAGGUUCGAGGUGAAGAAACACUUGUACAAGAGUGCGCAGGUGCAGACGGAGCGAGUGAUGAGUGUGCACAAGAAUAAGCUUCAGGAGCAGCUGCUUCAGAGAGUGAGAACUAGUGAGUGUGAGUUCGUGAAGGAGGAGCCACUGAACCUCUCCGUGCCUAAGAAAGAGUGGGAAGAAGAAAAAAAAGAUCCCUCCAAGCUUAUCAAGCGUAAAAAAUCAACGGAAGAUGUCCGUUCCCCCCUGGGAGGAGAGGGCUCGCUCACCAGCGAGGAGGGUGAGGACGGCGGCGCGCGCCGCAAGAAGGCCCGGACCACCUUCACGGGGAGGCAGAUCUUUGAGCUGGAGAAGCUGUUCGAGGUCAAGAAGUACCUGUCUUCUGGAGAGAGGGCUGACAUGGCGAAGCUGCUUAACGUUACCGAGACUCAGGUAAAAAUAUGGUUCCAGAACAGAAGAACGAAAUGGAAGAAAAAAGACAAUAUCACGAACGCAGAAGUAGCAGAAUUCAAACAGCAGAACAAGCCCGAAGAUAAAAAAGAAGACUCAAAAGAACUAAAAGAAGACCCUUUAGCUAUAGAUAUGUCCAAAAAGAACUGCAAUAAGAUACUCACGGAAAAAUUAAGGGGUACUAAGCCAGUCACCCAAAGUGUUGUGCCAAAACCGAGGAAAGUUGAAAAAGGUGUAAUAUUAGAAAGCAUUUGUGAUGCUAAUGACAUAGAAAGUAGGAUAUCUAUCACUAAGAUUACUAAUAAGUUAUCAAGUACGGAUAUUUCCGAGAUAGGAAAGGUCUCAGUUAAGAGUUUUAACCCUGAAGAAGUAAAAGAAAUUAAAUUUGAUAGUAGAGACGUAGAAAUGUGAAAUUUUAAAUAGGUACUACAGUCGAAUCAUUUUCGAAUUUUGAGGUGCUAAUCAUUGAGAAUCGCAUUGAAAAAAAUACUGUCAAAAUAAUCGCUGUGGCAUCUCAUUUUAAACUGUUAUAUUUUCGUUGGAGUGCUCACAAUAGUUUUAAGUUUAAUAAUGGGUGUUGCUACUUUGGUCAAAUCCUUUUAGAUUAUAUUAAUUGCUACAAAAGGAAGGAGGAAGGCUUUUAUUAUAUUUGAACCUAUCAUAGGUAUACUGAUAUUUUCCGCUGGAAAAUUACAAAAAUGGCGAAUUAUUUCCACAUAAAAAUUGUUCGGAAACUUCUCUUAUUUUUGUAUUGGUACCUAACGAUGUUUUCCAUUUACAAAAUGAAACUUUCUUUUAUUACUUGUGAAAUAUUUUGAAAAUUUCUGAGAACUUUUCAACUUUUAGGAAACUUUCCGCAACCUUAACAUUCUGUCAACGUGCGUUUUCGGAAAACCCAUGAUUUAGGAAAAAAUACAAAACAGCUGCGGACUGAAAACGUAUCAUUUCGUUACAUUAUCAGUUUUUUACAUCACGCUUACUGCAAUUCUGAUAAGGUGGAGAAAAACAUGAGAAGAUAUUGAACGGAGAAAUUAAUCGGGCAUUUUGUAAUUUUUACUUCGCGAGUGUAUUUUUUGGACUUUUAAAGCAAUUACAAAUCAUUUUAAAAAUAAGUGAAAACCAGAUUAAUGACAUGAAAAUAAACUUUUUCUUUAAGCACACAUAUUUGCAAUAUGAUAAAGGUAUUGUUUACUAAUACGAUACGUUAGAAAGAAUUAGGUGAAAUUUACCGUUGGGCUCAUGCAAUUAUAAUUAAUUUAAAAUAAAUAUCGAUGAUAUCCUUUAUUACUUUUAGGAUUGGCGACUUCGGAAAAUAAUAACAAUUACCUAUUGGUGUUAUUUUCAUUGUGCUCAGUGCUGGACUAAAAAUUAAUAAUUACUUACCAUUAUGUAUGAUUUUUUGCCGUAUUCAAAAUAAUGAUGUGUACAGGAAUCACUACACCGAGCAAACAAUAAUGUAAGCUUGUGCCUAUUUUAAAACACAAACUAGCUAUAAUCAUAGCAAGAACUUGUUUUAAGGAAAAAUUCGCUUAAAAUGUUUUUUUUUAAUCAAAUGUGGAGUGGCUUAUCUGCGUCCGCAACCGGGAUUAUUUACAUACUCGUAUAUAUUAUUUUCAUAAUUAACUAUAAGAGGGCGUACAUAUACCUACCUGGGAAGACCGACUAGUGGCCACCCGGUAGGUCGGCCCAGAUACCGCUGGGGAGACA